UUUUUGUAUCUAAAACGUGUCAGAGAAAACACAAAUGUCGCCGCAUUUUUGAGGCGGCGGGAGUCCAGCGCGGUGUGUUGCCUCUUUACGGUUCUCAUGGUAUUUAUAAGUCCCGCCUCCUGCGUUCAGCUCGGACACUUGGAGACAAAGAGAGACGCAGAAACAUGGUAGAAGAAGUUCCAGCAGCUGCACCGGCUAAGGCCCCGGCCAAAGCCCCGAAGAAGAAGGCUGCCAGGCCCAAGAAGGAUGGACCCAGCCUCCCGAAGCUCAUCGUCGCCGCUGUGGCCGAGUCUAAGGAGCGGAAGGGGAUCUCACUGGCUGCGAUCAAGAAGGUGCUGGGGGCCGAAAAAGUCGAUGUGACCAAGGCAAACAAACGCAUCAACACCGCUAUCACCAAGCUGGUGACUAAGGGGGUUCUGAGCCAGACUAAGGGCACUGGAGCCUCCGGUUCCUUCAAGCUUGCCAAGAAGGAGCCCAAAGUCUCCAAACCGGUCAAGAAAGUGGUUAAGAAGAAGGCUCCCGCCAAAGCCAAGAAACCAGCCGCAGCUAAAGUCAAAAAACCCGCCACGGCCAAGAAGGCAGCAGCUAAGAAGACAUCGGUCAAGAAAUCCCCGAAGAAGGCAGCGGCCAAGAAAGCCGUCAAGAAGACACCGAAGAAGAGUCCCAAGAAGCCCGCCGUUAAGAAGCCCAAAGCUGCAGCCAAGAAGCCCGCAGCAAAGAAAAGUGCAGUCAAGAAGCCCAAAGCGAAGAAAGCUGUCAAGAAGUGAAGCUGCUUCACCUCCACUCAUUCAUCACCAAAGGCUCUUUUCAGAGCCACCACAGCCUCCACUAAAA